CCCCAUGGCAUGCGAUGAUCUUGCAAAUCCACCUAAUUACGAAAAGUUGAGCACAGCCAACGUUAGGCUUAAAUCCACAAGCCUCCCCGGCUAGCUAGUAUUUCUUGGUCUCCAUUGAAACUGCCAAAAUCUCCCUAACUUAAUUUAAUAUGAAUUGCGGAAAUGGAAUAACAUUCCUUCCAUUUUCCUCAAAAUCUAAAAUCUUCAAGGCAUCAAAAAAUCAAUGAAAUCCUCAAGAUUCUAUGGGCGGAGGUCAUUCCUUCUCCCCUCCAUCUUCUUCAUCUUGUUCCUAUGCGCCUUAGCUUCUAUCAACGAAAUUCGAUUUGACAACUUAUUACGGUUCGGAAGAUGUUCUCUUUCUUCGAUUCUCUCCAACAACACUUCCCAUCAAUCGUACACUUCUCCAACUCAGGAUCAGAACUCAUCCUCCGAUGAUAUCAGAAUCCUCAUCGGAAUCCUGACCCUCCCUGACCAAUACCAGCGUCGCCAUUUCCUCCGUAUGAUAUAUGGCACGCAGUCUCCAGUCGGUGCAAAGAUCGAUCUGAAGUUUGUCUUCUGCAACCUUACGAAGGAAGAUCAGAAGGUGCUGGUGGCCCUAGAGAUAAUGCGGUACGAUGAUAUUAUGAUCCUUGAUUGCAAGGAAAACAUGAACAAGGGCAAGACUUAUACCUUCUUCUCGAGCUUACCAGAGUUGUUCAAUGUUUCCGAUGGUAGCGGCCCUUACCCGCCGUACCAUUACGUGAUGAAGUUAGACGACGACACAUAUCUUCGGUUGGGAAGCUUUGUGGACUCGUUAAGGCCGUUGCCGAGGGAAGACUUGUACUACGGUUACGUUAUUCCAUGUUCGAGCAUGGACCCUUUCGUCCGUUACAUGUCCGGUAUGGGAUAUCUGGUUUCUUGGGAUAUUGCUGAGUGGAUCAGAGAGUCUGAUAUUCCAAAACAGCAUUUGGAAGGGCCAGAGGACAAGGUGUUCGGUGAAUGGCUCAAAGAAGGUCGCCGUGGAAAGAACAGGCACAAUGCGAAGUGGUCUAUGUACAAUUAUCCUGACCCGCCGACAAGAUGUACCCACGAACUGUGGCCAGACACGGUGGCCGUGCACUUGUUGAAGAAUCAAGAGAAGUGGAUCCGGACGUUGAAGUAUUUCAAUGUUACUAAUGGUUUAAAACCAUCCAAGCUAUACCACAUACCUUAGGUAUUAAACACACUAUAUAUACCAUUUUUUGGUUAAUUCUUUUGGAUUUUGAAUUAUAGUUACAUAAUUAUACAAAGUUGUAUUUGGUGGUGGUUAUGUCAUGUCAUCAAUUCGACAUUGAUAAUGGAAUUGGAAGGAUGCCUGAUUGAGGGACCAUCCUGAAAAUAAAAUCUUAUUUGAGAU